GUAUUGUUUCAAUGCUAAUUACUGUAUAUAACAUAUGGAUGAAAAAAAUUAUAACUUUCGACUGUUAUAAAUUUAAGACGUCACCAUCGAACACCAUCAAAACAUUACAAAAUAGUGUUAUUCGAAAAUAAUUGAAUGCAGUGGCUAUAUGUUUUAAGUGAUACUAUUGUUUAAAAUUAUAAAAUGGCUAGACAAUAUUUUUCUUGCCAACUUUUAAUAACUUUGUGUGUAGUGAUUAAAUCGAUUAAAGCCGAAAACCUUCACGAUCUAAAUAGAACUAAUAAGGUACUUGGUCAGUUGCCGAUAACUGAAGAUUAUGAUGAAGAAUCCGAGUCGCCAGAAAUUAAAUAUUCGUCAUCAUCUUCGUCGUCAUUUCCAUCGAGAUUAUCUUCAACUAUACUCUCGAAUAGUUCUCCGAAAAAUCCAGAACGUAUAGUUCCUGCAGAGCUUAGUCAAAAUAAAAUUUCUUUGAAAAAUUCUAACUUAAGGGGAUUGUCAAAGACUAGAAAUUCUAGAAAUUCAAAUGAUAACAGUGUUACAAAUCCGAUUCAACCAAGUGCAAGUUAUCUGCCUCAAUAUCCGAAUUUUCAAGAUAGUGGCUUUCCCAUAAUGCCAAAUUAUGAAACCAAUCCUUUUGGUGGUAUUUUUAGUAGUCCCUUCAGUAGUACACAUCACGGCAGUCCAUUUGCCAUGAGAGGUUCGAUAACAAACCCAUUCGGAAAUGGUGGUUUUGGAGGUAUGGUUGGUGACAGAGUCUUAGUAUUCAGAAAAUGUUGUGACAAUUUUAAUAAUUGCCGUAUGCUAAAAGAAAACGAAGUUUGUGGUCCCGAAAUAUUCUCGUCACCACCAUCAUCACUGCCGUCUUCACCGGUACCACCAUCAUCUAAAUUUCUCAGUCCCUAUGACUCACCGGAAAAUUCAGAUCAUAAACGUGAUGAAAAUAUCUCCCCAGAAAGUUUAAAUCGCAAACACGACAGAAAAUAUAGUGGUCCGGAAAACAGAAACUCCAAAACACAAAGUAUGCCAUUGAGUGCUUUUCCUUUAGAUUUUCUCAAAAAACAAAUGGGUAAUUAUGGACCACAAAAUACCAGAGUUAUAUCAUUUAGAAAGUGUUGUGUAAAUGGUCAAUGUCUUGAUAUAUUACCAGAUGAAGAGUGCGGUGACGCAAAGUUUAUGGAAAAACUAAAAAAUAAACCAAAAACACAUAAUCAAUACGAAGACAAUGGAAUGUCUAAUUUUAAUAAUAUGAUGAAUGGAAAUUUAAACCAAUAUGGAAAAAUUCCUUUCGGAAUUAUUAAUUAUUCGGAUGACAACAGUGUCGAGAUCCCUCAGUCAGGAAAACAAAAUAAAUCACCAUCCGGUUCUAAAAAUCAAUUCAAAAGUGGUCAAUCCAAUGUCCCGGCAAACGGAAUGUAUUCUUACAAUGACAUGAUGCAAUCAAAUCCAAUAGUAGAUUCAGAAAACUAUCAAUCUAAGGAUAAUGGAAUUAAUCCAAACGUGAAUAAAAAAAAUAAAUCUAGAAAACAUCCAUACGUAGAAUCUAAGGACUUUACUAAAGAUGAGCUUCAACGGAUCCGAAAACAAGUCCUGGACAAAACCAAUGCUUACAGAAGAAAGCAUGGCGUCACACCAUUAAAGAUGGACGUGAAUUUGAAUAAUUAUGCUCAAGAAUGGGCUAAUACGUUAAAAAGCCGAGGACUUAAGCAUAGAACCGAUAAUCUCUAUGGAGAAAAUCUCUACAAGACUUCGGACAGUGAUAACAUUGGUGAACAAGCUGUCAAUUCUUGGUACAAUGAAUUGGCCCUUUACAAUUUAAACGAUGAUGAAGAUGAAUUAUACAAUCGCAGUGCAGUUCAGCACAUGACACAACUACUUUGGAAAUCAUCACAGAAAUUGGGUGUUGGUGUGGCAAAAGAUGACAGUGGUUACAUUGUUGUAGCAAACUACGAUCCCCCGGGAAAUUUUAAAAGGCAUUUCAUAAAUAAUUUGCCUACAUUUACUCAAUCACAAAUUAAUGACGCAAAAAAAGCAAAAAAUAGACGAGUCAAAUGGAUGCACUCAUAAACCAUUUACCACAAUUAGAAUUACCUAAAUGAAUAGAUUCCAGACGCGUUAACAUGGUCUAAACCGUGUUAAACACUCUUCGGAUUUACAUAAAAAUACAUAAACGUCUUAUAGUAUUAUCAUAUUAUUAUCAAAUACUUACUUGUAGUCCUAUACACACUUUAUAGUGGUUGUAUAUUUUAUACUCCGAUAAACGUUUAUAAAAAAAAGAAAAAUUAUUAUUGCUUAUAAU